AUGUACUCGGUUACUCUGACCGAUAUGACUGACAUGACUUGUAAAAUAAUGACGAAGGGUAAGGAGACGGCCGGUGAGGUGUAGUUUGCAUCAUUAAAUAGCUGGGCGAAAGUGUAGAAGUAAAGUUUCCAGGCAUAAUUUAACAAUCAAGUCAUUUCAGUGCUUUUUAACUCACAAGUGCAGAGGAUAAUUUCACAAUGAAAGUGGUAUGCAAUUAUUAUGGCGGAGUUGUAGUAGUUGCAGCAUGAAAAUCUUGUGGGCUAUGAAGAUAGUGACGAGGAAGAAGAAUUUGCCAAGAGAGAUGAUAUUCAAAUUGAGCAAGUUCUACCUCUAAGACAAGUAGCUCCCAACGAAAUUGAAAAUGAAGAGUUUGUUCCCAGAAUUACGUGGGAAGAUUUUUCGCCACAUGCAGCCGAGGCAAGUGCAUUUAACACAUCAUCAAACUCUAUUAAAUGGGACUUUGUAGACAUGGGAUAUUCUUCUACUAUGGUUGAAAAAGCUAUUAGCAUACAUGGAAAAGAGAAUUGUAAUGAAAUACUAGAGUACCUCUUAGCUUGUAAAGUUGCUGAUUAUUCCUUAGAUCUUGUUUCUGUGGAUCCAACUGUUGAUUCUGAGAGAUUAGAGGGUGAUGAUGAAUCCAAUUUCGGGGAGAAGAAAGUUGAAGGUGAAGACACAUUUGCUGAACAUGGGGAUCCCCAGGAAGAUCGAUCAAAAGAUUUAAAGGCAGAUAAUAUCAUAGCCUUUUUGUUGGAAAUGGGCUAUUCUGAAAAAGAAGUCUCUUCAGCAAUUGAAAUAAAUGGGAUUGAUACUCCUAUAGAUGAAUUGGUUGACUUCAUAGACGCUCAUUUAUGUGGGAAAGAAAGCAACAAAUAUGCGAAAGAUGCAGUUGUUGCAAACCAUCAGGUUAAGAAGCAGAAGACGCAAGCUGAAGAGUCGUGUGGAAGUAAAUUUCGUAAAAGAAAGCAAGCAGGCGUUAUCUUGAAUGACAUGGAAACAAGCUCAUCAGCGGCCCAGAAGAGAGCAAUUGGAGAAAAGCAGAGGAAAGUGUUAAAGGGUGAUGUGGUCUCUAAUUUAUGUCCGGAGGGACUAACUGGUUUUGGAGUUCCUGGGAAACCUAUUGGGCAGCGCUUGGAGGAAAUCAAUGUGUUCAUGCAAGGGCCGCCGUUUUUCUAUUAUGAAAAUGAUGCUUUUGCAUCAAAGGAUAUUUGGAAGACAAUAUCCGAAAAUUUCUAUGGUGUGGAACCAGAGGUGGUGGAUUCGAAGUACUUUUCAGCUUCGAGAAGACCAAGAGGUUAUGUACACAAUCUCCCAAUAGAAGGGCGAUUUCAAGCAUUACCUCUCCCCCCCAUGACUAUUCAGGAAGCACUUCCUCAGACAAAGGACUAUUGGCCUACAUGGGAUCAGAGAAAAAAAUUGAAUUGCAUAGACUCUAGACGAUGUGGUAGUGUCAUUCGUGAAGAACUCUGUACUAUAAUUGAAAAUUCACGAGGGAAACUGCAAGAUGGUCAACAAAAAUACAUACUUGAAAAGUGCGAAGAAUGGAACUUGGUUUGGGUGGGGCCAGGUCAGGUGGCUCCUCUAGAGGUUGACGAGAUAGAGAUUAUAUUAGGAUUUGAAAAAGAUCACACUCGUGGAACUUCUUGUGCGACUGAUCGCUUGCACUGUUUGGGUAAUGCAUUCCAAAUAGAUACAGUUGCAUACCACUUAUCUGUUUUGAAAGCAUUAUAUCCUGAUGGCAUUAAAGUUCUUUCUCUGUUUUCUGGUAUUGGUGGAGCAGAGGUUGCUUUGCAUAGACUUGGGAUACAUUUAAGUUGUGUUGUAUCUGUGGAAAUAUGUGAAAAGAACAGGCUUGUCCUUAAUAGCUGGUGGACAAAAACCCAACAGACAGGUAGUUUGAUUCAGAAGGAAGAUGUCCAAGAUUUGAAUACAGAAGUACUGGAGCACUUAGUAGACACUGUAGGAGGUUUUGAUCUUAUCAUUGGUGGUUUCACUUGUAACAACUUACCUGGCAAGAAUAGUAGGGAUGAUUUAGAGACAAAAAGCUCUAUUUUCUAUGAGUUUCCUCGCAUUGUGAAUGAAGUGAGGGAAAUAAUGCACUCAAAAGCCUCGGCUAACAAUUUUUCUUGAUCUUGUGUAGGUUCAUUUUUAUAAGUAACUCAAGUUCAAUAGACAAUUUGAAAAAUUGAAAAGGGUUUUAACCAGAAAUUAUAUGCACAGUGUUUCUCUACUG